GAGGUGGUAAUCAGCGCAGCUUCCCUUCCUUUGCAGCUCAGGGAUUGUGAAUUCACAAGCUAUCCAGAGCCUGUUGACAGGCUGUGAGCAGCUCUGUCGGUAACCAGUAGUUGGCCAGUGGUGUCCUGAGCAAGAAGGGACCGUGCAGAGCUUGCCGCCGGCAGCAGCAAACCCUGGGGAGGUGGCUAGCCCGUCGCCCCUCUGCCAGAAGAUAAAGCCUGGAAGCUGGCACCCCAGACAGAACCUGUUGCUCAGGACCGACUUGCUGCCUUCAACGCGCGCCUGGGACACUUGGCCAAGAGCAGAGGAAAGCCAUAAAAGGCUAUGUCUCUCUGGAUGAUCCAGGAAAUAGAACAACAAUAUCUUGCCCAUUCGGUGACUUCAUCCAGAAGUGUCAUCUAUAACAAAGCUCAGCAGAGAGAUGAAUAAUGACUUCCCCAGGUCCAUCAUGAGCAAGAAAUGGGACUCAAACUCUUCAGAAAACUGGAGUCACACCUGGAGCAGCAAUGACACACAGCAUCACUGGUACUCGGAUAUCAACAUCACCUAUGUGAACUAUUAUCUUCACCAGCCUCAAGUGGCAGCGAUCUUCAUUAGUUCCUACUUCCUGAUCUUUUUCCUGUGCAUGGUGGGAAAUACUAUAGUUUGCUUCAUUGUAAUAAGGAAUAAACACAUGCACACUGUCACUAAUUUCUUCAUCUUAAACCUGGCAAUAAGUGAUUUGUUGGUUGGAAUAUUCUGCAUGCCUAUCACAUUGCUGGACAACAUCAUAGCAGGAUGGCCAUUUGGAAGCAGCAUGUGCAAGAUCAGUGGGCUGGUGCAGGGAAUAUCAGUUUCAGCCUCAGUCUUCACCUUGGUUGCAAUAGCUGUGGACAGAUUCCGGUGUGUCGUCUACCCCUUUAAGCCAAAGCUCACGGUCAAGACAGCCUUUGUCACUAUUGUGAUCAUCUGGGGCCUGGCCGUUGCCAUUAUGUCUCCAUCUGCAGUAAUGUUACAUGUACAAGAAGAAAAAUACUACCGUGUGAGACUCGGCUCUCACAACAAAACUAGCACGGUGUACUGGUGUCGGGAGGACUGGCCAAAGCAGGAAAUGAGGAGGAUCUACACCACUGUGCUAUUUGCCACCAUCUACCUGGCUCCCCUCUCCCUCAUUGUGGUCAUGUAUGCAAGGAUUGGGGCUUCCCUCUUCAAGACUUCAGCACACUGCAUGGGCAAGCAGCGCCAGGAGCAGUGGCAUGUUUCCAAGAAGAAACAGAAGGUCAUCAAGAUGCUGCUGAUUGUGGCCCUCCUUUUCAUCCUUUCCUGGCUGCCCCUGUGGACUCUGAUGAUGCUCUCAGACUAUGCUGACCUGUCUCCUAAUAAACUGCGUGUCAUCAACAUCUAUAUCUACCCUUUCGCCCACUGGCUUGCCUUUUGCAACAGCAGUGUCAACCCCAUCAUUUAUGGUUUCUUUAAUGAAAAUUUUCGCAGUGGUUUCCAAGACGCGUUCCAAGUCUGCCAAAAGAAAACAAAACCCCAAGAAGCCUAUGUCCUAAGAGCUAAAAGCAAGAUGGUAAUAAACACAUCUGGCCUGCUGGUCCAGGAACCUGCAUCUCAAAACCCAGGUGGGGAACAUUUGGUGUGUGGGAAAAGUGCUGAAAAUCCCACACAAGAAUCCCUAAUGGAAGAAAUGGGAGAAGCUACUAACAGUUCUGCAGCUUAAAAAAGAGUGCGGGUCCCCAGUGCUACACAGUGUUAUGUAGUAUAUGAGUGUGGAUAUGUCUUUAAAUACUGCUGCUUAUUGUGGCUUUGCAUUUCUAGUAUUCUGAUGAAAAUGUUUACCGAAAGCCCAUUUGUCAAAAAUUUUAAAGUAUAAAAAUGCCUUCCUAACCAGUCUGGUACAUGAAA